AUGGCCGAUGCCUGCGGGUCCCCAUCUUGCCAAUCCUGGGCUCCACGCGGGGAUCUAUUUGAUCAGCUGAAAACAUGGGAUCGGCAAUUAGGAGCGGACAGUGCGUCAAGCAGCAGCCAGCAGCCAGCGGCAGAGGCAGAGGGCAACAGCGCAGGCUCAUCAGACGCCCCUUGUCACGGCGCUGCCGGCCUUCUCUCUUUUUCCCUCUCCCUGUCCUGUCUCCCCCGGCUGGGCGAGGUUCCAGUUUUCGACCUCGUGACCUCGCCGUGGGAUUGGGCAGGGGUGAAGGCGUCUUUAUUCAGCUUCGUAUUGGUGCUGCGCUGCAAUGAGACGAGACGAAGGAGGCGGGCCGAGCGACUCAGCAGGCUGCCGGUGAGAGUGGCGCGAGGGCCGGCGCCGAGGCUUUGGCAGGGCCCCCAGCUAAAGGCGGUAAACACCCGGCCGUUGACAUUUCGGGAGUGGAUCCGGGUCGGCCAGGGCGCGUCGCCCUAUUGGGUCUCAGUUAGUGUGGCCCGUGCCACGCACCUAAGACAAAAAGAAAAGUAG